AUGUUUAAGAAUCAGUAUGAUACGCACACUACCACUUGGAGCCCUACUGGACGUUUAUUUCAGGUGGAGUAUGCGAAUGAGGCGGUAAACAAUGGAUCUGCUGCUGUUGGAGUGAAGAACACGGAAUACGUUGUUUUGACUGCCCUUAAACGCAGUCCUGUUGCGGAAUUGUCAUCUUAUCAAGAAAAAGUAUUUAAAUUGGAUGAACAUGUUGGUAUGGCAAUUGCCGGUCUUGUUGCGGAUGGUCGUGUAUUAGCCCGUUUUCUACGCACAGAGUGUAUGAACUAUCGCUAUAUGCAUGACAGUGAUAUGCCUUUACCAAUCAUGUCUGAUAUGAUUGGUGAGAAACAUCAGCGACAUAUUCAAGUGGUGGGCAAACGACCAUUUGGUGUUGGACUUUUAAUUGCGGGAUAUGAUCGUACGGGACCACAUUUAUACCAAACUUCACCUACUGGAGAUGUAUUUGAUUUUAAGGCAACUUCUAUGGGAUUACGUUCACAGGCGGCACGUACGUAUUUGGAAAAACACUUUAAAUCUUUCCCAGAGUGUACACUUGACGCCCUGGUCACACACGCUUUGAAAGCACUUGCAGCCGCAACUUCUGGUGGUGUGGAAUUAAACAUCCGCAAUACAUCUAUUGCCAUUGUAGGAAAAGAUACUCCCUUCACAGUUCUCACGGAAGAGGCAUCACGAAAGUAUUUGGAUGGAUUUAAAAUGCGUCCAGAAGAUAUUCCUCCUGCGGCGGAAGCAGAAGAGGAGGAAACACUGGAGGAACGUCCUCUUGAUGUGGAAGAGUAA